GAGCAGAGGACCAGGACAUGGCGGAACCGUCUUUGUUAAAACCGUCCGUAGAGCCGCCCGUCAUCCCGGUUUGAGGGUCCCGUGGUCCCGGUGUGAGGGUCCCGUGGUCUCGGUGUGAGGAGCCCGUGAUCCCGGUGUGAGGGGCGCGUGAUCCCGGUGUGAGGAGCGGAGACAUGAUUUACCUCCUGCUGCUGUCCGCCUUCUCCGGGGCUGUGCUCACGUUGCUCCUGCAGUUUGUGCUUCUGUACCGGCGCAGCCCCGAACCUGUGGCCAGGGCGCUGCAGUACGGAAAGGUAGAACCGGACACCGCGCUCCGGGAUUACUUCAACAGCCAACAACAACCGCAGCAUGAGCCGGAGGAGAGCCUCGCGUCUUCCGCCUCCUCCGCCGCCUCCAGAACGCAGGACGCGGCUCCCAAAGGCCCGGGAGAAGCAGCGGGGACCGGGCAUAAACCACAGCCGAGCACCGAGCCUCCGGACCGAGCUGAGACGUGCAAUUUCCUCAACGCGAUUUUCCUCUUUCUGUUCCGGGAGCUCCGAGACACUCCAGUGGUGCGGCACUGGCUCACCAAGAAGAUCAAGGUGGAGUUUGAGGAGCUGCUGCAGACUAAAACCGCGGGCCGUCUGCUAGAGGGACUGAGUCUUCGGGACAUUUCUUUGGGAAACUCAGUCCCUGUUUUUAAAUCGGCCAAACUCAUGAAACCUGUGAAUGCCAAUGAGGACGGGCAUGCCGAAGAGCUCAACUUUGAGGUGGAUUUGGAGUACAAUGGCGGCUUCCAUCUGGCUAUCGAUGUGGACCUGGUGUUCGGGAAGUCCGCCUACCUCUUUGUAAAGAUGCGGCGCGUGAUUGGCCGACUCCGGCUGCAGUUCACCCGGAUACCGUUCACCCAUUGGUCCUUCUCGUUCUUGGAGGACCCACUGGUGGAUUUUGAGGUCAAGUCUCAGUUUGAGGGACGUCCUCUUCCUCAGCUCACCUCCAUCAUCGUCAACCAGCUCAAGAGGGUCAUCAAGAGGAAGCACACGCUGCCCAAUUACAAGAUCAGGUACAAGCCGUUCUUCCCGUUCCAGGUGCCGUCUCCUCUGGGGUCAUGUGAUGUGGAGUUGUCCGUGUCUGAGGCACGUUUGGUGGAAGGACGACUCCGAAUCACCCUCAUCGAAUGCAGCAGGUUGUUUAUCUUGGGUUCGUAUGAGCGGGAGACUUACGUUCACUGCACCGUGGAGCUAAGCGGACACCAGUGGAAAGAGAAGACGAGAUCUUCCAUCAAACAGACGGAGGUGGUGAAAGGCGCGUGUGGCAGCGUUGGGAUGACAUUCCGUCAUGUUCCGGCUUCUGAGGGGGAUGCAGUUCACGUCAGUAUCGAGACAGUGACUCCCAAUUCUCCAGCCGCGCUCGCCGACCUGCAGCGAGGAGACCGGCUCAUUGCCAUCGGAGGAGUUAAAGUCACAUCUUCGGUCCAGGUUCCAAAGCUUCUGAAACAGGCCGGAGAUCGGGUCAUCGUCCUGUAUGAGCGUCCGGUGCGACACCAAAACCCGCCCCUCGGAAACCUGGGAACGCUGACGGAAAACUACGGCCAUUUAGACGACCCCAACUUCAUCCCACAACCCUCUGCUUACGAGGAGGACCCAGCACCCAUCACCACCCUCUCCGACAUAUCUGACGUUAAAGAAAUGGACUCCGAAUUUGAAGAGUUAAUCGUUGAUGCUAAACCAACGACACAAGCAAGUACUGUGACUUCUGCAGAAUCUAAAGAUGACUCUUUGCUAACCGUUAACCAAAGCCCGAAACGGAGCGUCGCAACUUUAGCGUCAAAACCACUUGGAACCAUUUCUCCCAUUUUGAACCGGAAGCUAAACUUGGUCGGACUCCAGUCGCCGCUCAAACCGCAGCCAAAAGAUUCUCCCAAACCUUCGCCACACAAAACUAACGCGGAUUUAAGUUCGGAAAGCAUGCAUCGUCCGAGCGUUCCUCCUCCCCCUCCUCCCGCACGCCCCCCUGUCCCGCCACGACCACAGAUCCGACUCACCUCAGCGUCAUCAGAAACUAGCCUCAUCGAGAACAUAGACGCUAACACAACUGCAACAGCUACACUAACGACUUCCACCUCUAGCACCGCAAUCAGCUCUUUGGAACGGUCCCCGGAAAAAGCACCCUUAAGCGGAUCAGGUGAUAUGCAAGCUGAAAAAAGUUGUACAAAACAAGGAGAUGCUAAGCUAACAAAUGAAGAAUUAGGAUUAGCAUCAGCAGCAGCUAACAGCAAAGCAGAACAAGCUAAGGAGAAGAUGUCAGAGAGUUCCUGUAGCACGCGGGACAGUUUAGACGAUCACACGCUUUGGGAAUCGGCUGAAACAUUAUACAAAAACCAGUCAGGACGCUGGCGAAAAGCUAGCAUUGUUUUUGACGUUGAAGCAAAUCACAAAUUUCUAAACGUAGCACUAUGGUGCAAAGAUCCAUUUAAACUUGGGAGCUUGCUUUGUCUCGGCCACGUUAGCUUACAACUGGAGCACAUUGCGUUUGAGUGUAUGGCUACGUCCUCAUCCGAAUACCAGAGCACGUUUAGAUUAGGUCCCCCAGAACCACGAGCGAACGUGAGCCGAACUGCGUUACGAAGUCUGAGCACGCACAAAGGAUUCAAUGAGAAGCUAUGCUAUGGAGAUGUCACGCUCAACUUCUGCUACUUAUCAGAAGGCGAUGCGGAUGUCCCUGUUAGCGGAGCAAUGGAACGAGAGCGAGAAGGAAGCAUUCAUGAAGAAGAGCAGCGGGAGAGAGAGAAAGAGGCGCCAACGCAGACAGUGACGCAGAGAGACGAACUAGCAUACGGCGCUAUACAGCUCGUCGAGGUACGCCACAACUUUCAAGACACACAGUUCCAAAACCCGACGUGGUGCGAAUACUGCAAGAAGAAAGUGUGGACAAAGGCAGCAUCUCAGUGUAUGGUCUGUGCCUAUGUCUGCCACAAGAAAUGCCAGGACAAGUGCCUCGCAGAGAACCCGUUUUGUGUAGCGGCGACAGAGCGAAAGGGUGCUGACCCCGAAGCAAAAUCUACCAUAAACCGUGCGACAACGGGGCUAACGCGGCACAUCAUCAACACGAGCUCACGUCUGCUCAAUCUGCGUCAAGUGCCCAAGACGCGAUUGGUGGAGCAAGUUGCAGACGUCAUCCCCGAACCCUCGCCGAAACAAACACCCAACACGUCCGACAACGAGAGCAGCGAUACAGAAACGUACACCAGCGGCGCCAGUCCCUCCAAGCAACCACAUGGCACAGGGGGCGGGGCUAAGCUGGUGCGUAAAGAUGGUGGCCUGGAUGAUAGUGUGUUCAUCGCAGUGAAGGAGAUCGGGCGCGAUUUGUACCGAGGUUUACCAACGGACGAGAGAUCGCAGAAACUCGAGCUGAUGUUGGACAAACUUCAACAAGAGAUCGAUCAGGAGCUAGAGCAUAAUAACAGUCUCAUAAUGGAGGAGCGCGAGACGGCAGACGCACGCAGGAAGGCUCUGAUCAGUGGCGCGCUAUCUAAGUCUGGUGAGCGACUACAAGCACUAACGUUGCUAAUGAUCCACUACCGCGCAGGCAUCGAGGACCUGGAGUCGGUGGAGAGCACAUCGCCCAAUGAAAACCCGGCGUUUAAAGGGAAGAGCCUGGAGGAGGAGGGGCUUAUGGGCGCGGAGGUGUACGACAGUGACACCUGCAGUCCGAUGGAGGUACCACUGCUGGACGACAUCAGCGAGGAGCAGAUCUGUGUGGAGGCACUGCACUGAGCCGAAUGAACAAACAGAGAAAGAGGAGAGAAGGAUGAGAGAGGAGACUUAAUAAUGUAGGGCCACUUCAGCACGAGAUUGUUGCACCUGAGCGAUCCACAACACGAAAAAAAAAAAAAUUACACAAUAACCUAGUAAGUAAUGGAUGUGGUUAAAAAAGAAAAAAAAAACUUGAUCAGAUUUGAACAAGGCCCAAACCAGUUCUAAGCAGUGGGUUUGAUUUGAAAAUAUGAUUACUAGAGGUAGAGCGACAUACAUGUUUGGCCGAUAUUCACACUGUUUAGUGCAUUGGCUAUAGGCCUUAAUACUCCAGCAGAGGGCUGGUUGGGAUAACCAGCUGCGUAAAGUUAUACGUUAAAUCUAUAUGAACAUUUUAGUACAAAGAAUUGUAAUUUAAAAUAUUUUGGGGAAAUGGUCAAAAUUGACCCAAAAAUAUUCUUAUCAGCAGAAGUUUAUCUGGGCUUUAAACAUUUGCAUCGGCCAUAAAAAAAACAAAAAAAACAUAUCGAUCAAUCUCUAACGAUUACAAAACUUUAUUGCCACCAAAAUCACUCUACACUUUAACCAAGCUAACCUGCUAAUUCAGCUUUGUUUUAUUUAAACUCUCUGAUGAAAUAAGUGAAUACAAAAGGAUUAGACCAGAGAACACAGGAUUACAGGUUUAAAAUUGUACUAAAAUCACAACUGAACCUCGGUUGCCAGCUGCUUUUUGGUUUAAACCAACUGGAUUUCAGCAUUGAAACUGGCAACCCAGAUGAGUCUGGGCUCAUUCUGCUUUCUGAUCAGAUAAUCGUCUUGAACUAAAACAACAAAUUGUAACAGAAAUAAAUUACAUCAUGUUUUUGUAAAUAAGAAUAAAUCAGCAUUACAAUAGCUAUCAGUAAAAGUUAUGGAAUUUAAAAUCUACAGUUUACAAUCCAGACCAGGUCUAAACCAGAUUUAGACACGAGAGUUGUUGUAAACUUUUAUUUUUACAAUUUUCAUAAAACCUUUGGACCCAGCCUCUAUAGGUGUUUUUCAGACUGUAAAUUGUGAUGAUGUCAUACUCCAGAUGGGGUCAGGGGUCACACACAGUUUUAUUGAUUACAUUGUACUUUACUUUGAAAUAUCCAAAAAGUAAAUUCACAAAUGUUGAACCUGAUCAUUUCUCUUAGAAACUAGACCCAAGAACCCACUGUGUUACAACACCAGCACACAUCUGUGUUUGAACAAGAUUCAUUUGAGCCGCCCCUGUCUGACUUGAAUCUAAUUGGCCAAUAGAUUGUUGUGAUGUGGUCUGUCGCCGGGCAGACCUCCGUCUUGAGCUGAAGUAGUCCCAGUUUUUUCUUUCCAUUUGGUACUUUUUAAGGGACGUGGCCCUUUGUUCUGCUGCACGUUUGUCUGACGGCUCUUUAUCGUGGCUUCAAAACAAACAAAUAAAAACAAAAAAUCAAAAUAAUCAAAUCUACAAGUGGCUGGCUAUGCUAACGUCGCUAACGUGGCUAAUGUUGCUAACGUCGUCCUCUGUGGCAAUCAUCAAAAUGACUGUAAAAAAGGAAACUAUCUGAAAAAACUUGGAACUUAUAAAAA